AAUACAAACCUAGAAUAUUCGUUAUUCGUGUUGGUUUUUGUCUACCUAUUAUGAAAUGUAAAACAUAAAGUGUAUAUUAUUUCAUGUUUUAUUUAAUGCUGUUUAAUUAUCUUCUAGUAUUGUAACUUAAAUGUUGUACCUAUAAUUUAUAAGAACGGCUAAACAAAAGUGCCGAAAACGGGACAGGAACAAAUUCAAUGAUUGUUAAAUUCCGGUUUUGUCAAAACGAAAUAAAUUGACGGUAUUUUGCGCGGGAAUUUGCACUUAGUGGAAUGUAAUGAGAUACAUUGAUUAAUUAUACGUCUAUUAUUAAGAUUAAUUAUUUUAAACAAUGGCAGACGCCUUGGCACAUUUAGUUGUUGAUGGCAAUGAGGCACUCGAAUUCAAACUGGUACGAGAAACUGAAGACAUUGAAGAUGAUGACACAACCUUUGGACCAGACAUGUGUCAUCAGGUCUUUGGAGAAAACGAAAAUAUUUUUGGAUAUACAGACUUGAGAAUCAAACUAUUUUACAGUGCAGCCAGUCUUCAAACAUACCUUGGCAUAUCCUACUCUGAUAAGAUUGAUCCAAAAAAUUCAGCUGGAUUGAAACCAGAUGAUGUGGAGGGUGCACUACAAAAGGUGCUGGCACCUGGAUAUGUCACCAAUAUAGAUCGAUUUGUCUCUAUGCUCAAGAAAGACAGACAAUUUAAACCUCAUGGAGUUCUCGUUCAAAAAUUCACAACAGUAAAUCGUGAUGGAGGCGAAACUCAAAAUUUUGAAGUCUACUACUGUGAGACUGCAACACCUGGUUUUUUAGCUUUUCAUGAACGGUUACAGACAUUUCUGUUAUGGUAUGUUGAUGCUGCUUCUUUUAUUGAUGUGGAUGACGACCAGUGGGCAUUCUUUACUGUAUUCGAGAAGUACAGGAGCAGUGAAGGCGAGCUCCGGUACGCGGUGUCGGCUUACGCGACGGUGUAUCGCUACUACGCAUAUCCACGGCACAUACGCCCGCGCAUCUCACAAGUACUGACUUUGCCGCCGUAUAGGAAAAUGGGAAUAUGCGCGAAUUUAUUACAGGCUAUCUAUUCACAUUUCUUAUUGCAUUCAGAAGUUGUGGACAUAACAGUGGAAGACCCCUCCGAUGAUUUCCAAAGAAUAAGAGAUUAUGUGGAUGCCAAAUAUUGUGAAACACUGUCAGCAUACCAGCCGUCCAAAUUAACACAGGGAUUUUCCGCUGAAAUGGCGAACCAGGCGCGCAACAAAUUAAGAAUUAAUAAGAAGCAAGCACGGCGCGUGUAUGAAAUACUGCGUCUAAAGAAUACAAACUUGUCAGACAAGGCCGCCUACCUGGAUUACAGAUUAGAUGUAAAGAACAGAUUGAAUGCACCUUUCCAAAAAAAGAAGUUAGAAAUGAAAAAGCUACAGAAGGUCUUAAAACCAGAAGAGUAUGCAGCUGCUAUUAGUACCACAGGAUUAGCUGAGACCCACGCACGUCUUUCUGGGCAGUAUUUAGCCUUGGAGGAUGAAUACCGACGCAUCAUACAUAGGAUGCAACAAGACUAACUUUGCCAUUAAUAUAAUAACUAAACAAAAGUGAAGUGUCCAAAAAAGUUGUUGAAAGAAAAUUAAUGUUCGUUUAUUACGUUAUUUGUUCAGUGUAUCCUUAAAAAUGAUGACAAUAAUUGGUGUUAAAAAAAAUGUGUCAUUAAUGAAGUGGCCAAAAAAACAGCGUUAUUAUCAAAGAUUGGGUAAAUUUGACAUGUGAAUCUUUCAGUGAAUUUUUCUAAUGUUUCUCAUUUGGAUGUAGUUAUAUGAUAACCAUACAAAUACUAAUAAUUUGGCUUCAAUAUGGCUAAAUACAAUUUAUUUUUUUAUUUAUUUAUGUGGGUUGGUAUCAAAUAAAAAAACGUAGAAGCUGUUCAAAGAUAGCCUCACAAAAAUAGCUAGUUGAUAGCCAAGAUCAAAACAUUACUGGACUCAAAUAUUUCACUGAAAUAUUAAAGGUAGUAUUAGUCAUUAUAUUUCUUAUUGUUUAGUAUUGACGGCCGAUUGGCGCAGUUUGCAGCGACCCUGCUUUCUGAGUCCAAGGCUGUGGGUUCGAUUCCUACAACUGGAAAAUGUUUGUGUGAAGAGCAUGAAUGUUUUUCAGUGUCUGGGUGUUUAUAUGUAUAUUAUAAGUAUUUAUGUAUAUUAUUAUUUAAUUCUAUUGAGCAAGAAGAUUUUUAAAUAACUACAUCCAUAAGGGAUUGUACAGGGGAAGUCCACAUAGCAACGAAUCAAAUUACAUAUAUCUUCAUACAUUUAUUUUUGAACUUGUCAACAAAUUCAUGCAGAACACACGUUGCUGUUCGGACUAUCUCUUUGUAUUUUUUAAGUAACAAUUAUAAAAUAAAAAAGUUGAUGGAGCCAUGUCAAACUAAUAUGUUGUUGAAAGUUACGAAAGUCGUUCACCCCAGUGUGUUCCACAGCUGAGGCCACUGCCUAUGAGAUUUUUAAUAAAAUUUACUUCUUAUUUGGCUAAUGGCCUUGGGCUUGCUGGUGCAAAUGCACUACGAUUAAAAGCAAGCGAUUAUAUCCCGCUAGAUUUUUGAUAAUCAAAGAGAGAACGAGAGUUAAAAAGAGAGUCAAGCUCUUUAAAAUGGCAGGUAGUUAAUGCCAGACUGGGCCACUGUAAGAAGCGGUUGCAGUGUGUUAAAAUUCUAACAAAAGCAUGUAUUUUAAUUUUUUAUCUUCUUUAAUGUUUUAAUUUGUAUACUGAUUUUAAUUAGUAUCCCAGUAUGUUCCUUCCCAGUUCACAAUAUUCAGUCAGUCAAGGUCUUUGAUUUCAGGACACAGUAUCUGUAUAAGAACUCUAGGAACAGCCCCACCAUGGAAUCAUCACGUCUAUCAUUUUCUCAUCCUUUCUUUCUAUGAAAUGGGUAGACAUAAUUACCUAGUGACGCAUCUCAGCCCUGACAUAUUCCAUCCAUUGCACUAGAAUUUUAUAUGAACUGGGCAUUAUAGGAGUCAAAAAAUUGAGUGAGAGAUAAAUAUACCCACCAUGUUGAAUGUCAUUAUUGGUUAUUUGAAGUAAUGUAAGAAAACAAGUCAUAUUUAGUGUACCAAAUUCAUCACUGCCUUUUUGGUGAUUCUAAUGAUAAAACUUUUGUAGGGUUCUGUACCAUAUAAUGGAAAAACGGAACUCUUAUACUAUAAUUAUUUUGUGAUAUGUCUGUCCAAGUUGUUAUUCUCCGAAACAAGAUGAAUUUAAUGACAAAUACCUCAUAGUGCUGUGAACGUUUUAAGAUACAACAAAAUAUUCUAAAUGACAUGUAACGUUAUAUAUAUUAAAACAAUGUUAGCAGUUAGCAAAACAAUAUUUCCAGAUAUAAAUAUUUCCCGUUGAAUUCCGUAAUAGCCCCCUUUUCGGUAGGGCUAACAUGCACGCCACAAAAUAGUUAUGUCUAACAUUUUUUCAUUCUAUUUGUAUUGCUUGAGUCACAUUAACGGAACACGCUCGUGCGUCGUUAACCGUAGGUGUAGCUACUACUUGUCACGAGAAUUUAACUACAGCAUUCACAUUGCUAUGUGACCUUAAACGAUAACUCUGGUGGCGGUAUUUUUUUUGGCAAAUUAAUGAGAUUUAACGUAAGAAUAAUCUUGUUGAAGCGGUCAAACUAACGUUUAUAAUUCAGAAUCUA